AUGGCAUACCCCCUCCCCGCAGGGAUGCACCCCAUCCCCUCCUCGCUCCUCGACCUACGCCCCGACGCAGACAUCGACAUUGACCUCCUCCACCCCCCACCAGUAACAAGCGCCAAGAACAUCUGGUUCUUCUGGCAUUCAGGCUACGCACACAUGCACCCAUACACGCAACGCACCGUCCGCGCCUGGCACCGCCGCUUCACCAAACAGGGCUGGACAAUCCGCGUCCUAGACCGACACCCAGCGUCGCCGGCAAACGUGUCCAAUUUCCUAGACGUGACUGAUGAGACGCUGUUCCCGCGUGCGUUCAUCGAGCAGACCAUCUCGGGGACGUACGCGCUCCAGCAUACAUCGGACCUCGUGCGCUGGCCGCUCCUCCUGCGGUACGGUGGUGUCUAUGCGGACGUGGGGAUGAUGCAGAUAGGCGACUUGGAUGCGCUGUGGAAUGAGACAAUUGCGAAUGUGCACUCGCCGUAUGAGGUCCUCUCGUAUAGCGCUGGCGGGAACGAGAUGUACAGUCUAUGUAACUACUUCCUAGCCGCGCUGCCGGGGAACGCGCUCUUCGCGCGCUGCCACAAACUGCUUCUUGCGCUUUGGGGCGCUGAUGGCGGGAAGACGAGUAGCGAGGGGAUGCAUGCUAGUCCACUACUCCGCGGGAUACCACUCAUGGGGGGCACGUUCACCAUCACCGACGACGAUGGAACAUUCAUCGGACCCGACGAGACGAGCCGCUUGUUAACCGACUACAUCAUCCAGGGCCAGGCGAUUACGGCGGUAAUGGGGCUUGUGGAUGCCGAGGAUAACUGGGACGGGCCGGCGUAUAGCGUGGUGCAUGUAUACGCGCUCAACUUCAUGGAAGGAUCGCAGCUCGUCAACGAAUUCACGGCUUGGGAUGGACGGAGAGCGUUUGAGCUCAUGUCACUGCGUAUGCCGGGAGAGGGGGAAGGGGAGUCCGAGGAGCAGGGGAAGGCCAGGGAGAUUGUUGAGGCGUGUCUGUCGCGGAGUUUCGGGUUUAAGUUGGCGCAUGGGCUUAUUCUGCGCGUUAACAAGGUGACGCUUGGUUCGUUGUGGCGGGAUAAUCCGGGUUCUGAUGUUGUGGAUGGCACGUAUGCUGCGUGGCUUCGAUAUGGAAUGGUCUAUUGGUGUCAGGAUACGGUGCCGGGUCGAGUGGAACUUCCAUUGAUUGCUCCGUCAAAGGUUGGGCGGUUGCUUGAGGCCGAGUAG